CUCCUUCUCUCUCUCUCUCUCUCUCUCUCUCUCGCCAAUCGCCAUAGAUCGCACCGUAAUUCGAAACCCUAACCCUGCGAAAUCAUCCUAUCAGAAGAGAGAAACCCCCUACGACUCAUCUCUUCCGUGUGAUUUACGCCGUGGAUUCCUCAGGCAAAUCGCAAUCGCGCACCAGCAGCCGAGACAUGCUCUUACCACCAUGGUCAUCGUCAAAUUGCUGGAGCCUCGCGAACUCUAGCGACCGUUGAUUUGUCUUUUCCGAUUUUCCCCUCUUGUCGACUCCUCGGUUUCGCGUGAUUCCCACUCUGUUCGCUGCCGUCUCACCCUCGCGAAAUUCAUGGAGGGCUCUGUGGCGGAUGAUCUCGGAGCCCCGGAAUCAUGGGAGGUGGCCGAUUUGGACGAGACGGUGAGCCGCUUGAUGCUCAAGGACUCUAAGAAGAAGCAGCAGCCGGCUCAGCAGGAGCUGCCUGAUGAUUUCGCCCUGGGUCCAGGUGGCGUUUCUUCCGGCUCCGAUGAGUCGGGGGGAAGCAAAGUGUCGGAUGAUGCUAUCGGCCAGGUCGAUCAGUUCCUCAGGGAUGCCUUGCAGAACCCUCGUGAGCGUCUCUCUGUUCUGAGAAUGGAGCAAGACAUUGAGAAGUUUAUACGUGAUCCAACACAGAAGCAAUUGGAAUUUCAGCAACUGCCCACUUCAUACUUGAGAUUAGCUGCACACCGGGUUGCACAGCAUUAUUCACUUCAAUCAAUGGUUUUGUUGGACAACAGUUUGCCUGAUGGUUCCGGUUCAAGAAUUAUUGUACAGAAGGCUUCUGGAUGGAGGCUUCCUUUGAUUCGCUUAGCUGACAUCCCUGUGAAUUUGCCAUCUGAAGAUGGUAGUGUCCUGAAGGUGGCAAUUAAGCAGAGGCCACAGAAACACCCUCACAAUGCCAACAAUCUGAACUCAAAUUCAUCAAAAUCGAAUAGUUCCAAGAGUAUGGAGGAAAGGAAAGAGGAAUACAACAAGGCACGAGCUCGGAUAUUCAAUUCCACCAAUCAUAGUGGUAGUUCUACUAUGAAGGCAGAAACUCAACCAAGGUCACAGGAUAACACAAAGAAAGGUUCGUUUGGUCCAGAGAAGGCACAUGAUAAAUCAGGUUCAGGGAUUUCUGAUAUUAAUUCUGGAAGAGGUGUAAUUGAACCUUCUACAAGCACCAGUGGAUUGUCUAGACCCAGGACAGAAAAGGAGCCAGUUGGUAGGCCUAGGCAAAAUAAUAGGGUGGCCAUAUUCCGGGAUCGUGAAAUUGAGAGAAAGGAUCCUGAUUAUGACAGGAGCUAUGACAGGUACACACAAAGAUUUGAUACUGGAUUUGGCUACAGUGGAGGGCCUUACACAAUCCAACCUAUGUAUGCCCCUGCAUUGAGCUACAACACUGAAUUUCCGCAACUUGGAUCUGGUCACAGACCGCAGAUGCCUACAGAACACCAGCCACAUCCUCUCCCGCAACAUAUAGCUGGGCAAUGGGCUGCUCCGUCUGCCCCUGCUGGAUUAGGGUAUGGUCAUCCGGACACUAUGAUGCCACCUUAUAGUCCGCAUCAUGUUGGUGUACGUUCCAACUCUGCUCUAUAUCUGCACCCCUCUCAAUAUCCCUGUCAGCGCCCAGGAAUGCCUUUCAUCGGGCCUCAUGACCAUGUUCAACCUUUUGCACAGUCUCAUCAACAACAAUCUGAUGGCAGUUUUGGUUUAGCCCGGCCCCGGUAAGGGGCUUGGGCCUGCCUGCCCCCCGCCACCUGGUGCUUGAGCUUGAAAGUUUAAUGGGCUUCGACAGACAGCUACAUUUGGCGUACCAAGCUGCGGGGGUGCAGGCAAAAACCCGAGGCCUGAUCAGGACGGGGCGUACCUUGUUAUGGACAUCCAUAUCGAUCCUGUCAGUCAGCUUCGGGUUCAUGUGGGAGCUUCUUCUCGAAGUAAUGAAGAAAGCUCCGGGCGAGUAGUAGGCAGCCUAGUAUUAGGCUCUACGCUCCACAGAUGAUGAUGACGAACAGUUCCCCGGAGACCACAAUGUCUCUGCUUGUUUGGGUGCAGAUCACCACGAUUCGAAAGCAAAAAGGACUCCAGUCUCUGAAUUAUUGCGCUCCUGCCGUGGUGGAUCUCCCCCCUUGAUGGUCUCCCGCUUGCAAUGCGCUUCCAAGGGUGUGCAGCAAGUCAAGUGGAGUAUUGAAUGACCUAAAUUUGUAUCAUAUGAAUAUAUAUAUCUGCUUUUACAGUACUCCCUGCAAUGUUUCCCUUAGAAUACCGCAGACUACUACUCUAGAGCUGAAUUGUUGCCUUGCAUGUUGUGAUUGCUUCUUCUAAUUGGAGUUUGGUUCCUUUACGAUCGGCGGUACGAGCAAUGUUUUCGGAAUUCUGGACACAUUCAGUGAUCCACCGAUUUGAACAAGUAGACGAGUAAGGCGGGUAAUGGAGGAGCA